AUGCCGACAAACAUGAUUUGCCCAGAAGAUGCACGGCUAGCGGCGACUUGGACGAUCCAUGGCGACUUCUGGGAUGAAAGGCUUUUACAUGCUGCCAUCCUUGAAUCACUCAUCCACGCCUUGCAGCUUGCAGCACAACCAGUCCUUUUUCCAACGCCCAGGUUUUCACUUCCGGCAGAAGUUGACAGUGCUGAUGACAAGGAAUCGCUCCGUUCCGCUCCACGCCCAACGGCCCAACGGCCCAACGCCCGUGAUCGAGACAGUGCAACAAGGUAUCGGAGACCUCCCAGUUCGGUCUUCCGCCAGUUCCCGGAGGGGGGAGAGGGCUUGGCGACCUUCGAGGCCCCGGAGCACUCGGUCAAGGCCACCGAGCGCUUUGUCUUCGCGCUGCUCGACUCCGUGCUCUACGCCUUGCCCCGUGAUGUGCAGACGGCGGCGCCGGCUGGGACGCCAGAAGCAGACGUCAAGCGCCUGUGUUUGCACACCGGCAGCUCGGGUGAAGAGGUCAGUGCGGAGGUCUGUGUGGCCACGCGGAAGAAGCUGCUGAUCUUCGCGCACAAUGGGGUGAGCUUCGAGCAGAGACAGGUUUUGGAGGUGGAUGUGAACCUCGCUUUGUCUGAUGAGUCGGGUGCCACCGUUUGGGAUUCAGCUCUUUGUUUGGGCGAGAUGCUGAUCAAGCGCCAGAUCACUUGUGGCGAACGGGUCCUGGAACUUGGCUCUGGCACCGGGUAUUGUGGACUUGUGGCAGCUGCCUUGGGCCACAAAGUCACGCUCACUGAUAGACCUGUGAUGCUGCCUUUGCUGGAAUCCAACAUUGCCUCCAACAAAUUGGAGGAGCGGGCUGAUGUUCAAGAGCUUCAGUGGGGACAAGCGCCGGGCAUCGAGGGAAUCGAGACCGUGAUCAUGUCGGAUUGUGUCUACCUUCCGGAGCUUUCACCCCUCUUGCUGUCCACGCUGGAUGCCAUGGAAGGGCCCCUCACGGUGCUGUGGGCCAAUGAGGUGCGUGGCGUCGAAGAGGAGUUCCAGGAAAUGCUACUGCGCAGUGGCAGCUUGUCCACCUGGCAAGUAGGAGAAGACGGAAAAACAAGGCUUUUCACCGAGCGGUUUCGACGGGAGGGAACGACCGAGGUGUCUUCCACCGACGCCGGGGUGCCUUUCUUUACCAGUUGGGUGAUUGGGCAUCUACCCAGUUCAUUGGACUUUUGUGCUCGUUCCCUACGAAUCCCUAUGAACCAAUCGCUUGGUUUAUAUAUAUCUAUAUAUAUAUGUAACUAUAUAUAUAAUAUAUCACGGGUGUGGGGAAAUUUCCUGGCUUGGCCAUCACUAGGAGGUUAG